AACAAAGUCUACUACAACAACAUCAAAACCUACCACACCAUCUUCCCCCACAACGACAGCCACCACAAGGUCUACAACAACAACAACACCAAAGCCUACAACACCAUCUACCCCUACACUGACAGCUACCACAAAGUCUACUACAACAACAUCAAAACCUACCACACCAUCUUCCCCUACAACUACAAGUACAAUAAAGUCUACUAUAACAACACCAAAACCUACCACACCAUCUACACCGACAACAACACCAGGACAUACCACAUCAACUAGCUCUAUAUCGACAACUACAGCAACUCCACCAGACUGUCCAGAAUGGGCCAAAAAUACCAAUGAGACCUUCUACUUGUGUAAAUGCAUGAUGGCUAGGUGCAUAAAAGACAACAACAUCGAAGUUAUCCCAUUUCAAUGCCCUCCACUGCAGAACAUCACCUGUGAAAAUGGCAAAAAACCAGUGCUUGUCGAGGAUGAGUACGGCUGCUGCAAAUAUUAUGCAUGUGACUGUUUUUGUGAAGGCUGGGGUGACCCGCAUUAUAAAACAUUUGAUGGAAAAUUCUACAGUCAUCAAGGAAACUGCACUUAUAUAUUAAUGGAGGAAAAAACGCCUCAAAAACAUUUGAAGAUCUACAUUGACAGUGUCUACUGUGACCUUGUUGAGCGUGUAUCCUGUCCCAGAUCUAUAAUUGUGUCUUAUAACAAACUAGUCAUAAAACUCACAAAUAACAAUCUAUUAGGAGGUGCAGAACUAGAGGCUUUUGAGAACAAUGUAAAGUUACGACUGCCAUAUGCUUAUAAUGGUGUGAGAGUUAUAAGCUCAAGCCUAGACUUGUUCUUGAGUAUUCCAUUGCUGGGUGUUAAUAUAACAUUUGGAGCUACUGGCUUUGGCAUCAAUUUGCCAUACCAGCAUUUUGGAAACAACACACAAGGUCAUUGUGGAACAUGUAACAACAACAAGGCUGAUGACUGCAUGAUCCCUGGAGGGAUCUUGGUGGACGACUGUGCAGUGAUGGCAGAUUACUGGCCAGCCAGUGGUGUGAAUGGUGAAAUUUGCACUCCACCAUCUGCAUUACCUACUGUUUCAGUUAAAAGCAAACCUCCAUCUAAGCCAUGCAAGGGUCAUCCUGACUGCUCCCUCCUUAAUAACGAGUUGUUCAAAGCGUGCCAUUCCCAUAUACCCCCCCAAAACUUCAUUUCAUCAUGUCAAUAUGACAGCUGUCAUAUGAAAAACCCUGUCGUGGUGUGUAUAAGUCUGCAGACAUAUGCCAGGGCUUGCCUUCAAUUAGGGAUCUGCAUAAACUGGAGGAACCACACUAACCUUUGCAAUAUUGAAUGUCCAGCAGAUAAAGUCUUCAAUCCUUGUGGUCCAGCUGAGCCACCAACCUGUGCUGAUAUACCUGAACAAAAAAACAUUAAAGUGCGCACAGAGGGAUGCUUCUGUCCUGAGGGCACAUUACUCUUCAACAAGAACACAAACAUUUGUGUGAACAAAUGCGGAUGCCUGGAUGCCUCUAAAACACCACGUGAUUAUAAUGAGGUUUUCGAGUACAACUGUGAGGAGUGUAUCUGUGAUAAGAACAGCAAAUCAGUAACCUGUAAGCCCAAAAAGUGUCUCGAUGUCAGCCCUGAGAUCUGCAUUGAACCUGGUUUUGUUCUGGUCAACAUCACCAAUACUUCAGACCCAUGCUGCAGUAAACAAGUUUGCAACUGUGAUGUCAGCAUGUGCCCACCUCUGGAUAAAAAGUGUCCAAUUGGACAUAACCCAGUCGUGAAAGUACCAGAUGGAAAAUGCUGUCCAGAAAUCAAAUGCGAGCCAAAGAAAGUGUGCGUCUACAACAAUAUGGUAUAUGAGCCUGGUACCAAUAUCCCCAUCGAUGGCUGUAAGGAAUGCAGAUGUACUUGGGACGUGGAUCCUGAAACGCAAUUGUUCAUGACCAAAUGUCAAUCUGUGCAGUGCAUUGAGAAAUGUGAUCCUGGUUAUGAAAAAAUUAAAAAGAAGCCUGAUGACUGCUGUGGAGAAUGUGUGAAAACUCACUGCAUUGUCAGUAUUAAUGGCGUUGAUCGUACAUUAAAGGAAGGUGAAACUUUUCCCUCUACAAAUCAAGGCUGUGACAGAAUCACGUGUACUAAAAUUAAUGGACAGUUCAUCACCAACAAAUACACAGUCCAGUGCCCUCCUUUCAACAUUUCCAAUUGCCAGCCUGGCACUGUUCAGCGGUCGCCUGAUGGCUGCUGUAAUGUUUGUGUUGACCAAAUUAAGGGAUGUCGAGUACAGACCGUACGCAAAUACAUACAACAAAAAGACUGUACGUCAGAGAAGAAAAUGGACCUGACAUUUUGUAGUGGAGACUGUCCCAAUUCGGGCAGGUACAGUGAACCUGAAUUAUCCUCUUGUACCUGUUGUCAGGCCACUCAAACAAGUAAUCGCACAGUGACACUUGGUUGUGUAAAUGGAGAUAUAAUUACCCAUACAUACAUCAAUGUUGAGAAAUGUGCCUGCAGCAGAGCUAACUGUCAUAGAGAGGACGUGGGUAAGACACUCACUGAAGACAAAAAAUAAAACGAAACUUAGGACUUCCAUGAGCAGCAGCGAAUCAUCUACCCAAAGACAUUAAUUAUUUGUGAAACUUUGGGAAUAAAUUUUAAUAGCACAUGCUUUGUUUAACAUUUCUUAAACAUGAUCUAUAGAGCUUUUCUUUUUUCUUUGUUUGAUACUCAUGUACUGUUUUGCUUGCUUAAAAUGAGCAAUUAAAAAGGCAUUUUAAAACUAAA